AUGACCGAGAAGACUCCCACCACCGAAAACCCGAUCAUCUUUGCUCCUGAAACUUACCAGUACGACAAAGAUUCCCUAAAUGAAUCGCAGAUUGACAAUGAUCCAAUCAUGCAGUUCACAAAAUGGUUUUCGGAGGCUCAGCAAGAUCCCACCGAGUCAAUUCCGGAAGCCGUAAACUUUGCAUCUGCAGAAUUGCCAGGUGGUAGAAUUUCAGCCCGAGUGCUGUUGUUCAAAGAGCUCGACGAGCGUGGAUUCACGAUCUACUCCAAUUGGGAAACGUCGAGAAAAGCUCACGAUAUUAAAACUAACCCCCAGGCAGCCUUGACAUUUUUCUGGAAAAACUUACAAAGACAGGUCAGAAUCGAGGGAAUUGUCGAGAAAGUCAGCAGAGAAACUUCAGAGAGAUAUUUUAGAACAAGACCUCGCGGUUCCAAAGUCGGAGCUUGGUCGUCGCCACAAUCGGCUUCGCUCAAGAACCGGGAUGAACUCAAAAGCUUAGUGGAAAAGAACGAGGCCCGUUUCGAGGGUGUAGAAGAUGUACCUUGUCCAGAGUUCUGGGGCGGUGUCCGUGUAGUUCCUCUAUCAAUCGAGUUCUGGCAAGGCAGACAAAGUCGUUUACACGACAGAAUAGUUUACUCUCGCGAGACUGAAAAUGAUCCAUGGAAAAUUACCAGAAUCGCUCCUUAG